UAAAGUUCAACGCGGGUUCUUGCUAACACGCAGAGAGUUUGAGAUGACCAGGAUAAAUUCAUUAGUUCGCCAAUAAUAACUUUAUUAGCUACACAUUCACUUGUUAUUGUACUUGACAGCGCUCGAGUGAAGCUUUGCAAAGAUGGGAGACGAUCCGGACUCUAUUCCAGAGAGAGAGAUGAAGGUGAGACACCGACUGGACUUUCAGUUCCGUCAGAUGAAGAAGAUCCGUGUGUUCGAGUCGUCUGCGGAUCUUCCUAAGGAGCGCUCCAGUCUCCUCGCCAUCUCCAACAAAUAUGGCCUGACUUUCGUUGGCAAAGACAAGACGUUGAAAGUGUUCUGGACGAGAGAUGUGAUUGCAGCUGGCCGUCUGGAGGGAAACCCCAAUGACACAGUGGAGUGCUCCUGCGCUGUCAUGGUGACCGUCGGUGUGGCGAUGCAUCACAUGGCUCUGAGCAGCGAUGAGCUCACGCUGUCUGUGUGCGGGACGGGGGACACCGCUGAGCUCACGCUGGACUUCUACGACGUCCGCACUUUCCUCAACAAGGACAGACAGGAGAAGCGUCCCUUCACCUCUUUCAAACCCGCGGCUGCUGUAGACAUGCUGGUCCAGGAUCUGAAGUGGAGUCCAGUGGACGCGUCCCGUCUGGCUGUGUGUCUGUCUGAUGGCAGUAUGAUGGUGCUGGAUGUUCAGGACUCUGUCAGUGUGUUCGCUCGGCUUCCUGCCUCUGAGGGAAUCACCUGCGUUUGCUGGAGUCCCAAAGGGCAGCAGGUGUCUGCUGGGAAAGAGGAUGCCACAGUGGUUCAGUUCACUCCUAUCUUACAGGCCAAGAAAGUGAUCCCCUGUCCCAGCUUCUACAGUCAGGAUCACCCCGUCAAAGUGCUGGAUGUUUUGUGGUUAAGCACGUAUAACUUUGCGGUGGCAUAUGCAGCGGCUGAUGGUUCUCUGGAGACGCCUCCAGAGCUGGUGGUCGUGUCAUUGCCCAAAAAGGACGAAAAGAGAGACGAGCACUAUCUGAACUUCAACGACCUUGUGUACGGCACUUGCACCGAGAGGCAGCAUCAUUACUACCUGUGCCAUAUCGAGGACUGGGAUUUGGUUUUGGCUUCAUCAGCCGCUGCCAUUGAAGUCAGCAUCAUCGCGAAACAAGAGGACAAGGUGAACUGGGAGCUGUGGCUGCUGGAAGACGCUAGUCGUGCGGAGCUUCCCGUCACAGAGAACAGCGAGGACACACUUCCUGUCGGCAUGGCCAUCGAUUACACCAGCCAAGAAGACAUACACCUGUCUGAUGAGAAUAGAUUGCCUCCAGCGCCAACGCUGAUGCUGCUGUCUACGGAUGGAGUCCUGUGUCCUUUCUCUCUACUGAACCUCAACCCAGGGGUCAAGCAGCUGACCGUGGCUGCUGUCCCGCUGCCUGAGGACGGAGAGAGAGCGCCUGCCGCCAAGUCGUCGUCCUCCUCUGUUGCUCCCGCCUCUGCAGCAUCCUCCAUCUUCCAAUCUUUCCCAGCAUCUUCUGGCACGGCCCUGCCUCCAGCCACCUUAUCCUUCACAGCCCCGCCACCAGCAGCCACUGCUGCCACCUCCUUGGCUCCGCCCACCUCUGCGUCCUCCACUGGUUUCUCCUUCUCUCUUCCUGCUCUGGGUUCUACCACCUCCUCAGGCUUCUCGCUGGGCUCCGCCACAGGAGGUUUCUCCUUCAGCGCUCCCAAACCCUCCUCCGAUGCUCCUGCCUUCUCCUUUGCUUCCUCAUUGGCUCCGAAGGAGGUCAGCAGUGCUCCGGCGGCCACUCCUCCUCAGCGUCCACCAGCCAUGUCCCCCAUCAUCAGCGGCCCCAAAGCGCCAGCGGAGCCUGCAACGCCUGCCAUCAGGAUGAACCUCACUGACAGGUUUCUGGGAGUGGACUCUCUGGGGUCAGUCACAUCUGCUGCCCAACCGUUUUCUUUGACCUCCACACCCAAACCGGCAGCAGCGGAGGUCAGCGGUCCAACGACAGCGGCACUCAAACAAGCUGCCCCUGCAGUGUUGUCUCGGGCCGCUCAGAGCAGUGCUUCUCCAGCUCAGCCGAAACCAGCUGCCGUCGCUCCUCCUGCGUCCAGAGCUCCAUCUGCACAGGUCAUGUCUGUGAAAGCACUGGAGAGAAACCUGCAGCAGAAGAAAGACUCGGACCCCGUCAUGACUGGAAUACUGGAGGAGAUCGGACACUUUGAGAAGGAGCUGGACGAUCUGAAGACCCGCUGCAGAAAUGCUGAUUUUAGGGUGGGCAGCACAGAUGACAUGAGAGACCUGAGGAAAGACUCUGAGAACUUGCACGCCUUCACACUGGAGAUCAAAGACGCCACAGAGUCUCUUCACGGGGACAUCAGUGCACUGAAGACCAGCCUGCUGGAGGGCUUCGCUGGAGCAGAGGAGGCACGAGCACAGAGCGAGCUCAACCGAGACAAAGACUACCUCCAGCUGCUCUACAAGAAACCACUGGACCCUCGGCGAGAAGAACAGCUCAAGGAAAUCCGCCGCUUGUACCAGUAUGUGAAGUUUGCCAUGGAAGACGUGAAUGACGUUUUGGACGUGGAGUGGGAGAAGCACUUAGAGAAGAAGAAAAAGCUGAGGCACAUGAUCAUCCCGGAGAGAGAGGCUCUGUUUGCAGCAUUGGCCAAUAACCUGGAUAUCAUCAACCAGCAGAAGCAGCGUCUUGACCGGCUGGAGAAUGACCUGCACAAACUGAGGCUCUACAGAGGGACGUCAGUGUGGAGCUUCACCAGCCUGACACCCUCUACCCCUUCAGGACAGAGUCUGGACAGUGAGCUGGAGAGUUUGAAGGACGCUCUUCUGAAAGACAGCCUGGAAACAACACCUAAAGCUCCUGCCAAAUCACCAUCUAAAAUGACCCCAGCCAAACAGUCUCAGCUGAGGAACUUCCUGUCAAAGCGACAGACCCCACCGGUUCACUCCACAGCUCCAGCCAACCUGUCACGGUCAGCCUUCCUGUCUCCUCAGUUCUAUGAGGAUCUGGACGAGGUGAGCUCCAGCUCGUCUUUGUCUCAGCCUCUGGAGCCAGAGGACUUGCUGGCAGUGGCAGAGGAAGAGGACGAGCCGGCCCCCAUCCCGGUGCUGAUGCCCUCCGUCUCGAGACACCCCGCGGUGGUCCGUACACCCUCCAUACAGCCGGGCUUCAGUAUGCAGUCCAGUCCGUUCAGCAGAGUCCAGACCGUCCCCAUACCUGUCAUCAGCCCCGCACCAAGGAUAAACAUGGACAGUGCAGAUAGCACAGCAUUAGCCACAAAAACAGUCAAGCAUGGAGCUCCGCCCACAGAAAAGAUCACGCCCACCACAAUCCCUGCCCCCCAGGCUGCAGGAAGAGCCGCCCUCAGCCGACACAUGACCAGCCAGAAACCAGGAGCGUCUCUGACAGAGUCCACGCUCAAGACGGUUCCUCAGGUGGUGAACGUACAGGAACUGAAGGAUGAAGGUCCGCCCAUACCUGUGUCCACUGUCAUCAGAAUAUCACUUCUGCUGCUGUGGGCUAUACAUGCUCGUCCGUGUGUUUAUUACAGUCUGUCUCUGUCAUUUUCUUCAGGAGCGUCUCUGACAGAGUCCACGCUCAAGACGGUUCCUCAGGUGGUGAACGUACAGGAACUGAAGGAUGAAGGUCCGCCCAUACCUGUGUCCACUGUCAUCAGUGCGUCUGUUCCAGCUCAGGUGAUUCAGCAGGUUCUGGCGACAGUGGAGGCCAAUAAAAAUUCCUUUCAAGGUGCGUUAAACGUCUCAGUGCCACUGGCAGGUCCGGCGCAGACCACAUCAGGUAGUUUUGUGUUUGGUGUAGCUGCUAAAACUGACGCAGGAGCAUCUUCAUCCAUCAGUGAGAAGAACUCAAAGGGCUUUUCAUUUACUGCUAUGUCACCAGGGUUCAGUUUUGCCCCUCCAUCACAGGACACCAACAACACUCAAGCAAAGAGUUCUGGCCUACCAGGCAAGUUCUCUUUUGCAAGCAGCACGGGAACAAAUAUGACGUUUGGUCCCGUGGGGUCUGAGGAGCCGUUUUCCUUCACUUCAAAACUGUCAUCUCCCGCACAGAGCGUGAGCUCCUCUACACAACCUCCUGAGCCAUCUAAACUCCCUCAAGCUCCCAAAGCCCAGGGCAAUGCUGGAGAAACUCUCGGCUCCUUUUCUGGCUUAAGAGUGGGCCAAAGUGAGGAAGAAAAGGAAGCCCCCAAGACCACCUUGGGUUUCACUUUUGGACAACCUGGCAAUGGAUCUACAGGAUUUGCUUUCAGUUCUGCACAAAUCAAGCUUGCAGAAACUGGAAGUUCAUCAGAAUCAACAGGCACUGCAGCAGAGGCUCCAAAGAUGACUACAGCACAAGGAUUUGGCUCAUCUACGUUCACCUUUAAACCACAGGAGGGAACUGCUCCAAGUUUCACCAUUCCCUCGACAUCUUCCUUUCCACCAGCUGCCACUUCUUUCAGCAGUCUAUUGCGAGCACCUCUAUCGGAGACGCAAACUCUUCCAACAAAGUCCCUCCAGCCAGAAACUACGACUUCAACUGAGCCGGCUCCCUCCGCUGAUACUGAAUCUAAAGAACCUCCAGCAGAACCCAGUCCUAAACCACCAACCUUAAGUGCUCCAUCAGCCGUACCGGUCACUGAAGCCGCUGCUCCCACCAGUAAUGAACCCACUACAGCACAUUCCAACAAGCCCCCAACUCCUCCAACUCUCGAGGUCUCUUCCACACCACCUCCAUCAGUUACCCCACCAUCCGAGACACCGGCGCCUGUCUCCGAGCCUCCUGCAGCAGAGCCAGUCACUGAUACUGCCCCUGAGACCACCAGCACUUCCACAACCACUCCUGCACCCCAAGAGACACCAGCAACCACCCCAUCCUCAGCUCCAACGUCCGAGAAACCAGGCUCAAUCUUCGCCCCAACUUCAGGUGGCACAGAUAGUCUGACUGUAGGAGCCAUAAAUCUCACCAGUGUCGUCACUUCAGCAGCCUCCUCUGCCCCAUCUGCAGCCAUCACCACCAGUGCAGCUCCAACCCCAGUCUUUGGACAACCCACUUCUGCCGCUCCGACCACCGUGUUCGGGUCUACCGUCUUUGGUGCCAGUUCUACCACCUCUGGCUUUGGAAAACCUGCCUUCGGACAGAGUUCCAGUGCCGGUUUUGGCCAGCCUGCGGCCUCUGGUUCUGCUAGCGGCUUUAGUUUUGGGCAGCCGGCGUUUAGCGCAAGUUCUGGGUUUGGGCAGCCGGCGGCAGCCACCACCACGUCAGCCACAAACAGCGGAGGAGGAGGACUGUUUGGAUCCUCUAGCACACACAGUGCCAGUUCCUUCUCUUUCGUAGCCAGCGCCACCAGCUCCGCAGCCAGUUCUGGCACUGGGUUCUUUGGCCAGAGCAGCGCUCCUGUUUUUGGGCAGUCCAGCUCAGGCUUUGGCCAGGGAUCCAUGUUUGGUAGCAACACCACCACAGCAUCCUCCUCUGGAUUUGGCUUUGGACAGCAACCAGUGUUUGGCAGCAAAGCCUCCACCUCAUCAGUGUUUGGACAGCAGGCCAGUGGAGCCGGCGUGUUUGGCCAGGCUCAGUCUGGCGGAAGUCUGUUCGGGUCGAACACUGGAAACACUUCAUCAGGAUCAGGGUUUUUCAGUGGUCUUGGAGGAAAACCCAGUGAAGACGCUGCCAACAAAAAUCCGUUUGGAACGCCAGCCGCAGGUGGAUUCGGCCAACCCAUUAAUACAGGUCCAUCUAACCUGUUUGGGAACAGCGCGAAGGGCUUUAGUUUCGGCAGCAGUUCGUUUGGUGAACAGAAACCCAGCGGCUCAUUCAGCUCCGGGGCGGGGUCCGUAGCCGCACAGGGCUUCGGAUCGUUCUCUACACCCACCAAACCAGCUGGUUUCGGAAGUGCACCAGUCUUCGGCAGUCCUCCAACUUUCGGCGGGUCUCCAGCGUUCGGUGGGUCAGCGGGCUUUGGCUCCGCCCCUUCCUUCGGCAGUCCGCAGGGCUCCUCCUCGGGGAAGGUGUUCGGUGAGGGAACCACAGCCGCCAACGUCGGUGGUUUCGGGUUCGCAUCUCCUCAGAGCGCGCCGUCCUUCGGCUCUCUAGCGGGUGCGAGCACAGCGCCAUCGUUCGGCGGUCUGGCGCAGCAGCAGCCGCCGGGGUUCGGCGCUCAGAGUGGUGCUUUCUCCGGCUUCGGCUCGUCUGGAGGUUUUGGAGGUUUUGGGAACACCAGCACCAACCAGCCGUCGUCUCAGACGUUCAACAGUUGGAGGAGUUGAUCGGUGAAUGCUGAUGUCAUCUGAUCUGAUCUGCAGUUGUUUUAUAGUGUGUGCGCAAGAUCGAAUGUGCCGUGAACGCUCGUGUUCUUAACGUGUGCUAAUGUCCUCCUGUUUUAUGUUCAGUUCAGUUUCUUCUGUUUUAACUGCGCAAUGAAAAAUAAACGCAUGCGAUGUUGACCAUA